CUCCAGAGAGCGUGUGGUCAGAGUCUGAGUCCUCGGUCGGAAGGAGGACCAUGUCCGCGCUGCUGCUCCCGCUGCUGCUGCUUCUGCUCUGCUUGCUGUCCUUGGUCCUGGUCGUCCUCCGCGGCAGGAGAAGACGAGAAGGCGAACCUCCUUUAAUUAAUGGCUGGAUUCCUUUCAUUGGAAAAGCUCUGGAUUUUCUAAAAGAUGCCCACAAAUUUCUAGAAGAACAUAAGAGGAAAUUUGGAGAUGUGUUUACAGUCCAGAUAGCAGGUAAAUAUAUGACCUUCAUCAUGAACCCUUUACUGUAUCCGAGCAUCAUUAAACAUGGCCGGCAGCUGGACUUCCAUGAGUUCUCCAACAGUGUGGCGCCAUUUGCCUUUGGCUACCCACCCAUCAGUAGCAAGUUCCCCGGCCUGCAGGAGCAGAUCAAACGCAGCUUCCUUCUCCUCCAAGGGGAUAGCCUCACGCCCCUGACAGAGAGCAUGAUGGGUAACCUGAUGCUCAUGUUUCAUCAGGACUACCUGGAUAAGGAAAACGGCUGGAAGAGCGCUAGCAUGUACGAGUUCUGCAACUCAAUCAUGUUUGAGGCCACCUUUCUCACCAUGUAUGGCAAGCCGGCAUCUGCCAGGCGCCACAGCGGUAUAGGCAUGCUGAAGAAUGACUUUGUCAGGUUUGACAACAUGUUUCCGCUCCUCAUUGCCCAGAUCCCCAUCUGGCUGCUGGGACAGACUAAGGCGAUCCGCAAGAGGCUUAUCGACUACUUCCUGCCCCAACGGAUGUCAUGUUGGUCAAAUGUGUCAGAGUUCAUCAGGACACGAUCAGAGGUGUUUGAGCAGUACGAUACGCUGAGGGAUGUCGACAAAGCAGCUCACCACUUUGCCAUCCUGUGGGCAUCUGUGGGGAACACGGUUCCUGCUACUUUCUGGGCCAUGUAUUACCUGGUGAGUCACCCUGAGGCUCUGCAGUUCAUCCGUCAGGAGCUCGAGGAUGUCCUGAGACUGAGUGGAGUUGAAUUCAGCAAGGAUAAAGAAGUGACACUGACCCAAGAGCACCUGGAGAAGCUCCUCUACAUGGGUACACGCACACAGAUAUUCUGCACCAGUGCAUGUAAGGAUGUGAAGCUGAAAAUUAUUUACCCGACUUUCUCCACAGAGAGCGCCAUUGAGGAGAGCCUCCGCCUGUCCUCAUCCUCCAUGAACAUUCGAGUGGCUCAGGAGGACUUUAGUCUGCGUCUCGAUGCUGAGUAUUCAAUGGCCAUCAGAAAAGGAGACAUCAUCACCCUGUACCCUAAGACUAUGCACCUGGACCCUGAGAUCUACGAGGACCCAGAGACUUUCCGGUUUGAUCGCUACGUGCAGGACGGCCAAAAGAAGACCAACUUCUACAAGGAUGGCCAGAAGCUCAAGUAUUACCUCAUGCCAUUUGGCUCCGGCGCCACCAAGUGUCCCGGACGUUUCUUCGCCAUCAACGAGGUCAAACAGUUCCUGUGUGUGCUGUUGCUUUACUUGGACCUGCAGCUGGAGGAGGGGCAGAGCAGAGCCACACUGGACUCCAGCAGAGUCGGACUGGGAGUCCUGCUGCCCGCCAAAGACAUCCGCUUUCGCUACAGGCUGCGAUCCAUCUAACAGCACCAAAUCACAACAAGCAGUCGCUUCAAGGCCCUUUAUGUUGUAAAGACCCUACAGUAAUUACAGAGAAAACCCAUCAAUCAAAACAACCCCAGCAAGUACUUGGUGACAGUGGGAAGG